CAAUAUUAAAAGAAAAAUAAAAAUAUAAAGAUCCAUAUAUGCCAACAAUUGUUAUCAAAAUCAAAUGCUCCAUUUUAUUAUAAUUUAAAAAUCUUUGUAUCUACUCAAUUAUAUAAAAAAGAGCAAAUAAGAUUUAUUGCAUCAAAUAAAAAGGCAAGUAGAUUUAUUUACAGGUCAUAUAAAUCUCGAAUUACAGAUCUAUAUACACACACGAAUACAUAUAUAUGGCCUGAAUAUUGAACGUUUGCAGUGAAGUUCCCACUCCUCCGCCACCAUCCGCCACCAUAUCUAUUCAUGCAGAGAAACACGCACAGGGAGAAAACUUGGUAAUCUGCAUUGCUUCUAGACAUGUUUUAUACCAUGGCAGAUAUCAAUUGAAAUCAGCCACAAUUGAAUCGCACACACAUUUGUCGAUUCUCUUCAUUUUUUUUUUCUUCCUCUCUCUCUCUCUCUCUCUCAUGAAUCUCGGUUAUAGUGAGUGCAUCAGUCCACAUUGGACUACGAACGCUGUGCCGUCGUUGGUUUACGGCGGUGAUAACAACAAAACAGCCACAUGUUCCCAAUUGGGGUUUCCAGAUUCCGUUUGUAAGCGGCGCCCUAGUUUCUCGAAUUUAAGGAUUCAAAACGAAAGGGAAUGUUUGUCUCAUCGGGCAAUCACUCCCGUGGAAGAUGAGAUCCCUUCGCCUCCUGCUGUUGAUGAAGACCCCACUCGGAUCACUCUUUCUACAGGCUUUCACAAGGAUUUAAACUCUCUCCCAAAACCCUUAUCUGCAAUUAAUCCUUCCAGUUCUUCUAGUGAUCGGACAAAAGUUCGUGUUGCGUAUCGGGGCGUUCCAGGAGCAUAUAGUGAGGCUGCUGCACGAAAAGCAUACCCCAAAUGCGUGACUGUUCCAUGUGAUGAAUUUGAGGAUGCAUUCAAGGCAGUUGAAUUAUGGCUGGUGGACAAAGCAGUACUUCCCAUUGAGAAUUCUGUCGGUGGGAGCAUCCAUCGUAACUAUGACUUGCUGCUUCGUCAUAGCCUCCACAUAGUUGGGGAAGUACAGUUGAUUGUCGAUCACUGUCUUCUAGGAUUGCCAGGUGUCAGAAAGGAGGAGCUAAAGCACGUUUUGAGCCAUCCUCAGGCACUUGAGCAGUGUGAGAGGACUCUGAACGAGUUGUCUGUCACCAGAAUCAAUGCUGUCGAUACUGCUGGUGCAGCUCAGAUUGUAGCCUCUGAAGGUUUGAGAGAGACAGGAGCAGUUGCAAGUGCUCGAGCUGCAGAAAUUUAUGGACUUAAUGUUCUUGCUGAAAGAAUACAGGAUGAUCCCGACAACAUUACCCGUUUUCUGAUACUCGCAAGGGAACCUAUAAUUCCGGGAACAGAGAGACCUUAUAAGACUAGCAUUGUUUUCACUAUGGAAGAAGGCCCAGGAGUUCUAUUCAAGGCCUUAGCAGUGUUUGCUAUGAGGGGCAUUAAUUUGUCGAAGAUUGAGAGCCGGCCACAGAAAAGGAGGCCUUUGAGGGUUGUUGAUGACUCUAACAAUGGGAAAGCCACAUACUUCGAUUACCUCUUCUACAUUGAUUUUGAAGCUUCUAUGGCAGAGCCUCGUGCCCAAAAUGCGCUUUCGCAUCUACAGGAAUUUGCAACAUUUAUUCGAGUUCUUGGUUGUUAUCCGAUGGAUGCAGCAAAAUAGGAUAUCGUGAUUCUUGAGUUGGAUUCUCGAAGAGGGAUGGUUAAGUUUGUACAUACUCACAAUCGUAUUGAAUCACUGGAGCAGCUUUACAUGCUUGUACUUGAGCUGCUGCUAUACAUACUUUUACUUGAGCUGGUAAAGGGAGUGGCGAUGCAAAAUGAGACCAAUUUCAUUUUUCAUUAUUCUUUUUAUGGAUUCACCAAUAGAUUUUGUAGCGCAGUGUUAUUCUUUUGCGAGUAUAAUCAAACAGACAAACACCCAUUCUUGUACUUGAUUUAUUUUACUAUCUUUCAUUGAGUGCCUUCCUUUUUUUUUUAUAAAUAAAUUAUUUUAUGCAA